AUGGACCCCUCUUCCGCUGUGGCGGUGCUCUGGGCCGUCAGCCGCUUUGAACGACAACGCGCAGCUGAAACGGCGGCGGCAGCGGCGGCAGCGGAGGUCGCCGCCGCAGCCGGCGACGCGACGGCGGCGGCGGCGGUGCCGCUGCCACCUCGACGGCGGCGGCUGAGCAGUCUGACGCCCGAGGAGCUGUUGCUGGUGGCGGAUGACUUGGGAUUCGGGUUUGGUUUCGGAGCGGAUGGUCGUACACCGGGGGCCUCGGCGGGCACACCGCUGGCGCUGCGGCCACCUCGCAAGUGGUUGGUGCGGUACUACCCCCUCAUACAGGACUUCGCAAUGGCCGCUGCGGGUGUGGUGCCGAAGACCGCCAGGGCCACCUCCACCGCCACCUCCGUCUCGUCCCCAGCGUCCUCAACCAUAUCUCCAGGGGUACGGGACGCAGCAGGCGGUACGGCAGCCCCUCCCUCCCGUUUCGCGUUCAGUGGCCUGGACAGCAACCAGAUGGUGGAUCUUGCUGUGGCGCUAGCGGAUUUGUACGUCUACCCGGGGGACAUGUGGAUGGCGGCGCAUGAGGCCCACAUGGCGCUGGCGGGUGCAGCAGCCGGCAGUAGCAGAAGCAAUAGCGGUCGUGGCAGGAGUGGUGGUGCCGGUGCCAGCUUGACGCCGUACCAGUGGCAGCUGCUCAUGGCGUCGUACGCCGCGCUGGAUGACACGGCGGAGGAGUACGCGGCGCCGAAGGCUGGGGAAAUGUACUGA